UCGUGCAGCUUACAGGUAAGCGUAGGGAAACCCGCCGGGGGGAAUGGUCAUAGAUCCAGUGGUGUAAGGGAGAGUGGCUCGCCUUGACCGCCGUGUUCGUUGAGACGGGGCCGACAGAAGGUGCUGGGAGAGCGGACAGGAUUCGCUUCGCUGGUUGCUCACAGAAGAGUCAGCCUGAAGGUUCAAUUCGGGACUCAGUUCAGACCGAUUCUUUAAAUCAACUCCGUCAGAUCCAGAGUCAAUGAAUUGGUUGAGAAGAAAAGACAAACACUGGCCAGUAUGAGGAGGGGGGCGGAAGGACUGUUCACAUCAGAUGUCAGCUUAGCAUCGGAUUCCUUUCUAAAAAAAGGCCAGUCCUUUUCAAACAGUAGAUGCAGGCAUCGGUACCGCAGGAGGGUUCUUCUCCUUUUUUUCAUCAGGAGAAAUUGCUCUUUCCACCGUGAGAAUGCCUGCUAAUAUUAGCUAUAUGCCUGAAGACCAAAGCAAAACAAAUAUCCAUAAUUGCUCAUAUGGAUCUGUCAACUGGACCUACACUUUAGUCCCAGUGUAUGUCAUGUCCAUCUCAGUGCUGGGAAUUGCACUGAACAUCUUUGUUCUGAUGGUUUUCAUCCUCCACAAGAAGCCCUGCACCGUGGCUGAGAUCUACCUGACCAACCUGGCAGCUGCUGACCUGGUUCUGGUCUCCUUUUUGCCCUUCUGGGCUGUCAGUGCUUGGAAUAAGCAUAAGUGGAUUUUUGGUCGUGCCUUAUGCAAAAUGGUCAACGUGGGCAUUCUGAUGAACGUCUACUGCAGCAUCUACUUCCUGGUUUUGGUCAGCAUAGAUCGGUAUUUGGCUCUGGUCCACCCGCUGUCCCAUGAAACAAUGCGUCGGCCAAAAUUUGCUAAAAUUGGUUGCGUCCUGGUUUGGAUUCUGGGGUUCCUUCUUAGUAUUCCAAAACUUAUCAUCAGGGAAUUGGCACCUCAUGGAAAUAUUACAAAAUGUAGUGAAAAUGAUACAAAUAUACGUCUCGUAAAUGAGUUGAUGAUUUCUGUGUUUGCAUUCUUCAUUCCCAUUUUUAUUGUCAUCUUCUGCACUGUCAAGAUUCUCAAAACUCUGAGAGGCAGGUCUAAGAAAAGAGCUAAGACAAAGAAAAUGGAUCACAAGGCUACCAUUUUGGUUCUGGCCGUCCUGCUGGCGUUUCUGAUCUGUUGGGUUCCAUUCCAUCUCCUCAAGAUACCAGCCAUGCUCAGUUAUGUUGGUAUUCUGACAGGCUGUAGCUCUGAACAUAUUCUGUACUUCUGUGGGCAGAUCUUCACCUACUUGGCGUUCUCAAACAGUGUUCUCAACCCCAUUCUCUAUGUCAUUGCUGGAACAAACUUCAGGGAUAAAGUUAAGGAGCUCUUUAGACAGUGGGACCAAAAACGGAGUGCAACCAUAAGUCUAACAUCUGCAAGUACAAAGAAGUUUUCAAGAAGUCUUCCCAAGAAUGUGUCCCAACAUACUAUUAUUAACUAGGAUACAAGUAUACAUGUUUUUUUUUUUGUAUCACAAAACAUUUAUUUAGAGAGAGGAGAUAUCUGAACACCCACCAUGAUGUGGAGGUAUAAGACAGCUAUUUUUCUUUAUCUGUGUAGAAGGUAGCAGGGUUCAAGUAAAGGCAAGUCAUCCAGUGACCCACAGGUGGAUCUUUUUUUAACAUAGCGAGGGGUCCCAUUUCAGAUCUGGCCAAUGGUUCAGUAAGUAAACUAGGAAACAGGAAAUGGGGAAAACAAUUUCAUCUUGUUCCUGUUAAAGCUAUAACUUAUUACAAGCAGAUGCCAACAUUAAAAUAUGGGAGAGUUUUUACUUGUCCCAAAUUAAAUGUGCAACAAGAGGAGAAUUAAGGAGAAUUUUACGCAUGUAUCAGGAUUAGAGUUCAGGGUGUGGUUAUUUUCCAGUCCAGUUCUUGGUUUUUUGAUCCCAUUUAUUUGUUAAUACAUCUCUGUAGGAUGUGGUGUGACAAUUUUUUAUAGUGGAAGUGCUUUCAGAAUAAUUCAAUAAUAACCCUGAUACAUAAUUAAACCGCAUUACCACAAGUUUUAUAUCACAGAAAUAAUGGACUAAAAUCAAGAUAAUGGAAGCAAUCUACAAAGCAGAUGGAAGCAGACUUAUGGUUUCUGUAACAGUUUAAUGGCUCCAAGUGUCACUUCUGUAUAUUUGCUGGUCUGUUAUGGGGCUUUAGGUCUUUCUUUCUGGUGAUGUAGCUUCACAAAUAUAAUCUUGUAAUCUAAGACUGUUGUUGACUGUAGUAAUCUGCAUGCAGUAUGGCAACAUUGAUACUUUUAGCUCCAGAAUGACAUGAUUUAAUCUUCUAAUCUAAAUGUCUUCCAAGCUGUUUCUUUGUUUUCACUUUCUAUACUUUAAUCAUCAUUUAGUUACAUAUGAACACUAUCUCAGGGUCAUGCUACUGUUAUAACACUGUUAUAAUGUGAUUAAACUAACAGGCGUAUAAAUGAAUGGAAGGUGACAGACAAGUAUGAAGAAAGGAAAUGACAGAUAAAUGUGGAACAACAGCUAAAACUGACCAGGAAGAAACACUGAGGAAACAGAGCUAAAAACUAAAAACACAGGGCACUUCAAAAAUAAAAACCAGAACAAAGACAUCAACUCUUUCAUUUUCUGACUGAAACAAGCUCUGUCCCUCACAGUGCACGACUUACUGCUGUUCUUCCUAAUGAUUGUUUUUCAGCACACUGAAAUGUAAUACUGUAAUGAAGAAGGAAGUAAACUGCAUGUUGCCAUACAGUUUUCUGCAUAAGUAGGCAAUGCUAACAAACUAUAUUGAGUGUUUUAAACAAUGCUGAGGCUGUAGAAAUCACAACAGAAGCAUUGUUUUGUCUUUUUUAUGUUUUUCUUAAAAAAAAAAAAGACUUCUGUUGUUUCAUAUAGUUAAAUUAUGUUUCAGUUCCACAUUAAAAAUGUAAAAAUACAUUUUUAAAUUCAGACAAAAAACAAUUAAAUACAUAUGUUUUGUGUUGGAUUUUUA